GAGAAAUAAUGGAGACUGAAGAAAACAUUGUAAUUGUUGGUGCUGGCAUAGCUGGUCUUGCUACUUCUUUGGCCCUUCACAGGUUGGGGCUGCGGAGUAUUGUGUUGGAAUCAGCAGAUUCGUUGCGAGCUACUGGAUUUGCGUUGGCAUUGUGGACUAAUGCUUGGAGAGCUUUGGAUGCAUUGGGCAUUGGGGACUCUCUUAGACAACGUUCCUUAUCAAUUACUGGGUUUAAAAGUUUCUCAGCGGAUUCAGGUGCACCUAUCAAGGAGGUAUCAUUUGUGGGGAAUAACAGUAUCGAUCUUUGUAGAGAACAAUCACAUCUGUUUACAAAGGACUUAAGUAUGAAUCAAGGAUGCUGCAUACCGAAUUUUCUGAAUUGUUCACUAGGGUAG